AUGUUUCCAAUUGCCUACGCUGUUGCCGAGGUUGAGGCCUUCAACACAUGGAUGUGGUUUUUGGAAUUACUUGGUCAAGAUCUGAAUAUAGGCAAUAGCCAUGGAUAUGUCUUCAUGAUUGACAAGCAGAAGGGACUAAUAAAUGUUGUAUCCACUUUAUUCCCAAGUGUAGAGCAUAGGCACUAUUUGAAGCAUUUGUAUUCAAACUUUAAUAUUGAGCAUAAAGGUCUAGCUCUAAAGUUGCAAAUGGAAAAUAUUGCAAGGAGUACUACAGUUCCCUGGUAUGAUGUUGAGAUGAGGAAGAUGUUGGAGCUUUCUACAAAAGCUCAUGCUUGGCUUGCAGACCAGUCAAUCAAGCCAAUUUCACAACAUGUUACCACUGCAGAAGGGAGUCAAGCUAGGAAGAGGAUGAAAAAAAAUGCAAAGAGGAAGCACUUUAUCAAAGAUCCCUUCUUCCACCCUUGA